AUGGACCCUCCCCCCAAACGACAACGCAGGUCGGAGAAGUCGAGGCGCAAACCUGUGCCUCAGGAUAGCUCAUCUCCAAUAGAAUCAACUUCUCCUUUCGCCCUCUCCAAUCGCCCGCGACCAGCCUCUCCCAAGGCCUCCCCGGAAAAGGCCAAAUCCCUACAUAACUUUUUUCAACCGGCGACAGAAGCGCAGCGAUGGGCUGCAAUUGAGAAACCAACAGAAGAUGUCGAUCUCAUAGAAGACGACUACGACUCUUACGAUGAAAUCUUUACCCAACACCUAGCAAAUGAGCGUGCGGUCAGCUCGAGCGCGACUCAGACACGCGAUAAACCAAAGCCAAAGCCCCUCAAACCCAAGCCCAAGGCACCGCCUAGGAAGCCAACGAAGAAGUUCAUUCUCUCCACCAGGACGAAGGUGAAUGAACCAAUACUAGAGGAUGGGAGACCAUGGGCUCAGAGAUAUGCACCAGAAUCCCUGGCAGCAAUAGCCGUUCACAAGAAGAAAGUCUCAGAUGUACAAUCAUGGCUAGAAGAUUCUUUCGCAGGGAGACGUUCAGAAAGACUGCUCGUCUUGCGAGGCCCAGCAGGAAGUGGAAAGACAACGACGAUAUCCCUUCUUUCCGACUCCCUUGGAUACGACAUCAUUGAAUGGAAGAAUCCACCUGUAUCGGAAUUCGGGUCAAACACUUAUCAAUCUGCCAGCGCUCAAUUUGAAGAGUUCCUGGGCCGCGGUGAUCGGUUCGGAGGAUUGGAUCUUGACUCCGAUGCAACAAAAGACAAACGCAUCCUCCUCAUUGAGGAAUUCCCAUCCAUGCUGGGACGUGGUUCCGCGCAUACAGCUUUCCGGGUAUCUCUUCAGCGAUACCUCGCAGCGAGUGGAGGAGACCAUCCACCCGUGGUGAUCAUUGUUUCAGAAACGUUGCUGGGGUCUGCCUCUUCCGUUUUUGAUAAUUUGACCGUUCACCGGUUACUGGGGCCGGCAGUGUAUAACCAUCCCGGGACGACAAUUCUUGAUUUCAAUGCCAUUGCGCCUACCUUUAUGCAUAAGGCCCUGCGCUCCAUUUUGGAAAGAGAGGCGCGGGACUCGAAGCGAGUCAACAUCCCCGGCCCGGCAGUUCUUGAUCGGAUUUCGGAAAUCGGCGAUAUUCGCAGUGCAAUCUCAUCGCUUGAGUUCCUCUGUUUGAAAGGGGAUGACACAGGGGCGUGGGGAGGUAGCCUUACAAAGAAAAAGACUCGUGCCGAGGUCGCGCUAACGGCCACGGAAAAAGAGACCCUGAAACUGGUGACGCAGCGAGAAGCUAGUCUGGGAAUGUUCCAUGCCGUGGGGAAAAUUGUGUACAACAAACGUAUGGACCCCAGCUUGGUUGAGGGUGAGGACAUUGAGGUCCUUCCUGCUCCACCUGCUUACUUGUCCCAUUUUCAUCGACCGAAGGCUUCGCAGGUUUUGGUCAAUGAUUUGGUCGAUGAGACUGGGACUGAUAUCUCUACCUUUAUCAGUGCUCUUCAUGAGAAUUAUCUUCCGUCCUGCCAUGGCGAUGAUUUCACUGAUACAUUUGGAGACUGUAUCGAGGCUCUUUCUGAUAGCGAGAUCCUCAGUACUGAUCGUCGCUCUAGAGGUGCGCGCACCGGCGUAGGCAUUGGCAUCAACACUUUCAGCAGCGGCGUCGACGCUCUGCGGCAGGAAGAAAUGAGCUUCCAGGUCGCGACGCGGGGGCUACUGUUUGCGCUACCAUAUCCUGUUCAACGGAAGGUUGGAUCUGGAGCGCGGCGAGGGGGUGAGGCACACCAAAUGCUCUAUCCUGCCUCUUUACGGCUGUGGCGAGAGACGGAGGAAAUUGAAGGUUUGGUUGACUCGUGGUCCCAUCGACUACUAGAUCCAUCUCGGUCAUCUCAAAGCUCUGAAGCUACUGGUGUCAGUUCGUGGAAGAGUGUACAGGUCGGACGGUCAGACGACAACCAUGGAGUAGUGACUAUGAUGCCACGAGAUGAUCUUCUGCUCCAUCAAUUGCCUUACAUGGCCCUCAUUCGACGUCAGGACCCAGAUUGGUGGCAGUUGAAUAAGAUUGUUGGAAACCAUCGUGAUGCAGAGGCAACACCACCAGAUCUCCCACCUACAGAAGAGAAGCUAGAUGCUUAUCUCCGGCUUAUCACCGAGCCCCGUGAUCUGUCUAUCUUAUCUCUCUCGUCUCGACGUGUUCUUCUUCACACGCUUCUCUCUGUACAGUUUAGAAUGAUCAAUGACAAUGACUCCUCAUUGCGAGGACGCCACCGUUCUCAAGUCUCCCCACUGAGCUCAGAUGCAAACAUCCCCUCUCAUCCCAAAGAGGGCAAGGUGGACGAACCGAAACAGGAUGCUUCAAGUCUGGUGUCCGCCACUGCUUUGGCGGUCAUACCCAAUUGGACCAGCAUGGUUCUGAUGGUCUCCUUGAUCUUUGGAGGAUGCUGUGCAAAUGUAUUCGCAUUGGAGGCAAUCAUCAAGGAACAGCCAACGGCCGGCCCCCUCAUCACAUUCGCUCAGUUCAUUGUCUGCGCCGUGUUUACUCUCCCCCAUUUCCUUUCCCCAGCAGCAGGCCCAACAGCGCUCUUUCUUAGCCCGCGCGCCAUCCCGCUGAAAUCAUGGACGAUCUAUACACUCUAUUUCCUGUCUGUCAAUCUUCUGAACAAUUGGGCAUUUGCAUACAAAAUAUCCGUCCCAUUGCAUAUCAUCCUGCGCUCUGCCGGCCCCGUCGCCUCCAUGAUCAUCGGGUAUCUUUACAACGGGCGCCGUUAUUCGCGUGGUCAGAUUGCUUCUGUGGGGAUGUUGACGCUGGGCGUGGCAGCAGCAGCGAUGGCCGAUGCUAAGACGAAAGGCCCCGUGCACGUGGAGACGGAUCUGAUCACAACAGUGACCGGGUUCACCAUUCUCGCCCUGGCAAUGAUCCUCUCUGCUUUCCAGGGUAUUUUCGCGGAUCGGUUGUACGCGACUUAUGGCCGAGAUCAUUGGAAAGAGGCGCUUUUCUAUUCCCAUGCCCUGUCCUUGCCAGUUUUCUUCACGAGCUGGGGACAAUUGGCAGAGCAGUGGCGCGUUGUCGCAGGGUCGCCCUCAUUGGUGACUUUGGAUGGUGUGCAAGGGCUGUUGCGCCUGGUCCCCAAUAAGGCGGUUUGGGAUCUCGUGGGUAUGAUUCCCGUUCAGGUCGCGUACUUGGCGAUGAAUGCGUUGACGCAAUAUCUGUGCAUCCGGGGAGUACAUCUCUUGUCUGCCAAGUCGAGUUCUCUGACGGUGACUAUUGUCCUCAAUGUUCGGAAGCUGGCCUCUCUGCUCUUGUCCAUCUACCUGUUUGGAAAUCAUCUGGCCGGAGGUGUGCUGGUUGGAGCGGCACUGGUGUUCGUUGGUGGUGGAUUGUAUGGAUUCGAAGGAGCGCGCCUCAGAAGCGUGGCAAAGAAAAGCCAGUGA